AUGCCUCCUUUUUUUGACUUCAUCCUUAUGGUCAUGCUUCUUAUUUUUCAUUUCCUUUACAAGGCAUCAUCCUCGAUCGUUUCAAUAUUCCAGCCCACCUUGCCUCAUAAUGACAUUAUCAUCACUACGUUCAUGCAAUUCAUUACACUACUUGUAACUGAUCCGCUAUUGCAAGCAAUUGAUGACUUCGAUCAAUUGCAAUGUCUCAUCGUAGGAGACCUAGCAGUCCACUGCUACAUCCGCGAAGAAGAAACAGAGGCAAACAGAACACUAAAUUUGGAAAUCGCAAUUUAUCCCCCAAAGUUGGCCCGCGAGAUCAAAGCAAAAUUGACCCAAAUCAACGGGUUCGAGCGACCGACAAGUGUGCUAUACUGGAAUAUGGCUCUCGGCCGUCCCCGUAUAAGCAUAAUUCCGACAGACGAGUUGCCGUAUGUCCCCGCAGGCCUCCAGCCCCUGCCGCAAUUUCGUUACACCAGGCUUCCGCUCAUCGAUAAACUAGACCUCAUGGUCUGUAAAGCCUACACGUGCGGCAUGAGAUCCAAGGAGCAAAAUGAGAAAGAUGCCUCCGAUGUGAUCAAGCUUAUAAAUCUCGAUUGCAAUUACACAUUUUCGCAGCGUCUAUCGCCUGACCAGUGGAAGCAUCUGAUUGAAUCGGAAGAAUAUAUUGCUAAAUUUUAG